AUGGUUCGUUUAAAGACUCGAUACAUCCUUUUUGAAGUGCUGUAUCCAUGUGAUACACCUCAAGCUAAACAAUCUAGUGAAUCAAGGGCUAUUAAUACCGGUAUACUACUGCGGCAUCACAGAGUGUCACCAUCUCAAAUCAGUGCCAAGACCAUUGCACAGGAGGUACGACGUUCCUUGCAAACCAAUUUUGGUGAUUAUGGGUUAGGUAAAGCUGGAUCAUUACUUCAAGUAAAAUACUUUUCCAAUAGAACUUCUACUGGUAUAAUCAGAUGCCAUCGGGAGGAUACAGAUCUUGUGCUCAUGGCACUAUGCCUCACAAAUAGAAUUGGUGAAGUGGAUUCUUUAAUAUUGAAUGCCGUCAAAGUCAGUGGGACGAUUAAAAAAGUGGAACAGUAUGCCAUCAGACGUUCUCAAAGGUUUUUAGCUGCGGUGCAGAGAAAUGAUAAGGAUAUCUUGGAUGAUUUUACCAACGUAACUGCUAAUGAAGAGGAUCAAGAUGAUUGA